UGGGAAGAGUGCGGGUAAUCAGAGGACCCCUGCCAUGGCCGGCGUCUUCGACAUCGACCUAGAAACGGAGGAGGGGAGCGACGGGGAGGAGCCUGAAAUGGGGGCCGCGGAGGCGGACCCGGAUCUUCACAGCAGUGGCCCGGACCUGAUACCAGGAUAUUAUGAAGAAAUUGAAAUCUCUGAGAGUAGUGUCAACAAUGGCCUGGAUCUCAUUGGGCCCCACUGCUUUGAGCUCCUGCGCGUUUUGGGCAAAGGUGGCUAUGGCAAGGUAUUCCAGGUACGGAAAGUUCAGGGAACAAAUGCUGGGAAGAUCUUUGCUAUGAAAGUCCUAAAGAAGGCCAAGAUUGCCUGUAAUGCCAAGGAUACAGCCCACACAAAGGCUGAAAGAAAUAUCCUAGAGGCCAUCAAGCACCCCUUCAUUGUGGACCUCAUCUAUGCCUUCCAGACUGGUGGCAAACUCUACCUCAUCUUGGAAUGCCUCAGUGGUGGAGAGCUGUUUAUGCAGCUGGAAAGAGAAGGCAUCUUCCUGGAGGACACUGCCUGUUUCUAUCUGAGUGAGAUCACCCUGGCCUUGGGCCAUCUGCACUCUAAUGGCAUCAUCUACCGGGAUCUCAAGCCUGAGAACAUAAUGUUAAACAACCAGGGCCACGUUAAACUGACAGACUUCGGGCUCUGCAAGGAGUCCAUCCAUGAUGGUGCUGUCACCCAUACCUUCUGUGGCACAAUAGAGUACAUGGCCCCAGAGAUACUGAUGCGCAGCGGCCACAACCGGGCAGUGGACUGGUGGAGCCUUGGUGCCCUGAUGUACGACAUGCUCACUGGAUCGCCUCCUUUCACGGCCGAGAAUCGCAAGAAAACCAUUGAUAAAAUCCUCAAGGGAAAGUUGAUGCUUCCACCCUAUUUGACACCUGAUGCCCGUGACCUGCUGAAGAAGUUCCUCAAGAGAAAUCCCAGUCAGAGGAUUGGGGGCGGGCUUGGUGAUGCUACAGAUGUGCAGAAGCACCCAUUCUUUCGACACAUCAACUGGGAUGAUUUGCUAGCCAGGAGAGUUGACCCACCCUUCCGGCCCUCUUUGCAAUCAGAAGACGAUGUCAGCCAGUUUGACACCCGCUUCACCCGCCAGACUCCUGUGGAUAGUCCUGAUGAUGGCUCCCUCAGUGAGAGCGCCAACCAGGCCUUCUUGGGAUUCACUUAUGUAGCCCCAUCAGUGUUGGAGAGCAUCAAGGAAGGGUUUUCCUUCCAGCCCAAGCUACGAUCUCCACGGCGUCUCAAUAGUAGCCCCCGCACCCCUGUCAGCCCUGUGAAGUUUUCACCCUUUGAGGCCUUCAAGCCAAGCACAACUGUGGAACCGAUGGAACAGUCAUGCCCUCCACUCAUGCCCGUGCCAGAAGUUACUGCCCCACUGCCCAUCAAAACGCCAUCAGGCACCAAGAAGCAGAAGCAAAAGGGAAGCCGAGGGAGGGCACGGUAGUUGGGCCAAUAAGGAAGUAAUUGGACUCUCUGCCUCCUUGUGGGGCAUUGCUCUCUGCUUUCGGGACAGGGCUUGGCAGGGGAUAGAGCUGGACCACAGGGCCUCUUGAGCCCUGUCAAGGAGCAUGUGGUCUUCCCGUCUCAAGGGCCUGCCUUCCCACCCAACUGCAAGGGCCUGUGGUGCUGGUGCUUCCCCACUCUGGGGGACGAUUCUUACAUGAGGUGCUUUCAAUUCAGUAUAUAAUGAAUUAUGAUGAGAGUGGACAAAGCUUGGGGUGGGGAAAGGACCAGUCUCAAGGUACCUGCCUACAGCUGGACAUGCCCACCUCCUUCUAGCAGUGUGUUUGCUUGUGUGUGUAUUAGGAUUGGAAGUGCUUUGCUUGGGGGUCACAGUGGGGCAUCAGGGCUGGUUUCCCUCCCUGCUGCUGUAUCUGUUUCAAGGGUAUGGAAUUUGGUAGGCAAACAAAAGAGCUCUUUUACCAUUGGUGGCUGGAAAAGACCUUCUCAGUGGAGUUAAUACCCUUUCCAUGGGUCUUUAUCUGUCUCCUUUUUCUAGGAUGCACCAAGUAGCAAAAAGAAUUGCUGCCCUUUAUAUUAACCUAAUGGGCAGUACAAGGAAGGUCCUCUCCCAGGGUCACCCACCUGGCUUCAUCCCUUUGUAUCCAGGUAUUGCCAACUGAAUCAUGUUGGUUAGAAGCAUGUUCAGAAAAUGGGUGCUUGUCAAAAGGAUUAAUAGGUGGUGUUGGCACUAGUGUUCUGAUCAAUGUGAAGUACUUUGAACCCUGAAAAAUAUGUCUUGUCAAUGCUAAGUGCAAUUAUGAUGUCUAGAGCCCCAGCGACCCACUACCAGUGCAAAAGAUGUGCAGACAUGUUCCUUUUGCUUUA